AACCAGCCGGCGAGAGUAAAAUCAUUUUGGAUAGCUCACAAGACCGAAAAUUUUUCGCGGUAAGAACGUCGCUGUAAGACAUCAUGGAGAAUGGCCUAGUCGACUACCCCCCGCAGAAUUCGACAAAGAUCGAAAAACUCGGCUCUGCAUCUAAUGUCAUUCUCAUCGACAACUACGAUUCCUUCACUUGGAAUAUCUAUCAAUACCUGGCCCUCGAAGGUGCUUCAGUCACGGUCUACCGCAAUGACCAGAUCACGCUGGAGGGGCUGAUUGCCAAGAAGCCCACACAGUUGGUAAUCAGUCCUGGCCCUGGCCAUCCGGACACCGAUGCAGGAAUUAGCAAAGCAGCAAUUAAGGAAUUCAGUGGGAAAAUACCCGUCUUUGGGGUUUGCAUGGGCCAUCAAUGCAUGAUUUCUGUGUUUGGUGGCAAGGUUGAUGUGGCGGGUGAGAUCUUACAUGGGAAAACCUCGGUAUUGAAGCAUGAUGGAAAGGGCGUGUAUGAUGGGCUGCCGGCUUCAUUAGAUGUUGCUAGAUACCAUUCCCUUGCAGGCACACAUCCUACGCUUCCCGACUCGCUCGAAGUGUCGUCUUCGACCAAUCUGGAGCAAGACGCAAAGCCCAUCAUCAUGGGAUGCAGGCACAAAGUGCAGAGUUCACAACCGAGGGAGUGCAGUUUCACCCAGAAAGCAUCCUUACCAAACAUGGACGAACGAUGUUUCGCAAUUUCCUUAAACUGAGCGGUGGCACCUGGAAAUCCUAACGAUGACCGCCAGCCGCGGUCUCACGCACUUGAAUAACUAUAAAUUGCUAUUGAUUUGUUCUAGUUUUGGGCCGAAUUUGAUUACUUGGUAGAUAUCAUCAACAAUAAAGCCUUGCACAGAAGUCGAUAGACCUCUUUCAGGCUGACAAGCUCAUCCGUAGUGAUCUAAUCCAACCGAAUUAAAGGGC